AUGCCGUUUGGGUUAAAAAAUUCCGGUGCGACAUAUCAGCGAAUGGUUGAAAAGGUGUUUGCAGAGUGGAUACAUAAAACGUUGGAAGUCUACUUUGACAAUAUGCUGGUAAAAAGUAAAAAAGCGGAAGAUCAUGUGGAUAAUUUGAGAGAAAUCUUUGAACAAAUGCGAAAGUUUAAUGUUAAGGUAAACCCAGAAAAAUGUGUCUUUGGAGUAUCUUCUGGAAAAAUUUUGGGUUACAUAAUAUCAAAAGAAGGAAUCGAAGUUCAUCCAGAAAAAGUACAAGCAGUCCGAGACAUGCCACCACCUGCCACUAUAAAAGAUGUUCAGAAAUUAAAUGGCUUGAUAGCAUCGCUGGGGAGAUUUUUUUCGCGCUCUUCAGAUAAGUGCGAUCACUUUUUUAAUAUCCUAAAGAAGGGAACAAAAUUUGUGUGGACAGAAGAGUGCGAUAAAGCAUUGCAGAGCAUAAAAAAUUGCUUAAUGAAUCUAUCAAUCAUGCAGAAGGCAAUACUAGGAGAAGAAUUGCUCUUGUAUUUGGCAUCAAAACCAUCUGCUUUAAGUGCUGUUUUGAUACACGUGGAUCAAGGAGUUGAGAAACCAAUAUAUUACAUAAGCAAGGCGUACAACUCAGCAGAGAUAAAUUACUCAAAAAUAGAAAAACUAAUUCCCGCACUGGUUUAUGCAUCAUUCAAACUUCGCAUUUAUUUCCAGGCUCACAAAAUUAAAGUACUAACAAGAGUACCAAUAGAACUUACAAUGAAGAAUUCGAGAAAAUCAGGAAGGAUUGAAAGGUGGAAUGCACUGUCGGGGAAUUACAAUAUUAGUUAUGAAGUAUUGUCAUCACCUAAAUCGCAAGUUAUCGUAGAGUUCCUUGCAGAGUUUCCCGUAGAAGAAGAUGAAUACGUUGAAGACAUGAUGGAUGUUGAUGAAGAAUAUGGAAAUCCAAAAGAUCUAUUGACAGAUCAGAAUCCAAAUAGAUGGGAAAUAUUAGUCGACGGAUCGUCUAAUGGAGAAGGAAAUGGAAUCGGAAUUGUGUUCAUUUCACCAAAAGGAGUGCGAAUAGCUUACUCUUUCAGGGUGGAGGUCGCAUCCACAAAUAAUGAAACUAAAUAUGAAGCAGUAAUCCAUGCGUUAAAAUUAGCAAUCGAAAUGCAGAUAAAAGAAGCCAGAAUAACUAGUGAUUCACAAUUGGUAAUUCGACAAAUUGAAGCUUCGUAUAGUACAAAUGAGCCAUCUCUGCAAAAAUAUAAGAAAUUAGUGUCAGAAUUAGCAGCACAAAUUCAAAAAGUAAGCUGGAGAGACAUCGGCAGAAAAGAUAACAGGUUCGAAGAUGCAUUAGCCUUUAUUCCUUCCAUGUUAGUAUAUCCAGUUGCACGAGACUUGAAAAUCCAAACACUUUAUUGGCCUUCCGUAAAGAAAGAAGAAGAAGAAGAAGUUGUGGAUGCGAUGAUCGUAGAAAAUAUUCCAUAUGAACAACAAACCGAAGAAGAAGAUUGGAGAACUGAGCUUCAUUUAUACUUAGAAAAGGGAGAAUUACCGAGAAACAGAUUAGAAGCUCAUAAAUUAAAAAGUCGUGCGACAAAUUAUGAGUUAAGAGAUAGUAUCCUAUAUAGAAGAUCAUUCCUUGGACCUUCCCUUAGAUGCUUGAUACGAAAAGAAUGUAUAGAAAUCUUAAAGGCGCUACACUAUGGAGAUGCUGGCAAUCAUAGUGGAGGAAGAUCAUUAGCAUACAAAGCAAGAAUACAAGGGUAUUAUUGGCCAUAUAUGCAUGAAUAUGCAAAAAAAGUGUCAAGGCGAUGUGAAGAAUGCCAACGUCAUGGGAAAAGAAUACACGCACCGGGGGCAAUGCUAAAUAAUUCGGUAAAUGCAUGGCCAUUCGGAAGGUGGGGAAUUGAUAUAGUUGGUCCAUUUAUACCAGGAACCAGAAAACGAAGGUAUCUUAUCGUCUAUUUCACAAAAUGGGCAGAAGUAAAAGCAGUACAACAUAUUCGUGAUAAGGAUAUAUUCACAUUCAUAUUUGAGAACAUAAUAUGCAGAUUUGGCAUCCCAGCUCAGUUAGUGUCUGAUAAUGGAAAACAUAAUGGGCAAGCAGAGGCAACAAAAAAGAUGAUCGCAGACACUUUGAAAAAGAAGUUAGAAGGGCAUAAUAAAGGAUGGUGCGAAAAAGUACAUAAUGUAGUAUGA